GAACAUCAACCCAAGAAUUCCUGACCAAAUAGACACAUGGAGAGCACGCCGUCCGCCGACGCCAGCUCGAGCGGCGGCGGUGGAGGCGCCAACGUCCUGCUUCUUCCGUUCCCGGGGGCGCAGGGCCACACGAACCCGAUGCUCCAGUUCGGCCGCCGCCUCGCCUACCACGGCCUCCGCCCCACCCUCGUCGCGACCCGCUACGUGCUCUCCACCACUCCGCCUCCCGGCGACCCCUUCCGCGUGGCCGCCAUCUCCGACGGCUUCGACGCCGGCGCCGGCAGCAGCGGCGGCGCCUCGUCCGCGAGCAUCGCGCAGUACAUGUCCCGGCUGGAGGCCGUGGGAUCCGAGACACUACGGGAGCUCCUCCUGUCGGAGGCGCGCGCAGGGCGGCCAGUGCGCGUGCUGGUGUACGACCCUCUCCUGGCGUGGGCGACGCGGGUGGCGCGAGCGGCUGGCGUGCCCGCCGCGGCCUUCUUCUCCCAGCCGUGCGCGGUGAACAUCGUCUAUGCGGAGCUGUGCGCGGGGCGGCUGGCGCUGCCGGUGACGGACGGCCGCGCGCUGUUCGCGAGAGGAGCGCUGAGCGUGGAGCUGGAGCCGGAAGACGUGCCGCCUUUCGUGGCGCUGCCGGAGCAGUACCCAGAGUUCUGUAACAUGUCGAUCGGGCAGUUCGAGGGGCUGGAGGACGCCGACGACGUGCUCGUCAACUCAUUCCACGACAUGGAGCCAAGGGUGAACAUGUCUCUCGUAUUGUAG